AUGAAUGAAGAAAACAAGAAUGUGAUGUUGUUGGCGGUGCAGUACAGACAACCACAUGUAUUUCAAAUCCUGCUACAGAAAAAUAUCAUGAUUAGAGACAGGGUGUUACGGGUGGUGGAUAAAAGUGGGAAUAAUGCAGCUCAUCUCGCGGCUGAGCUUGGAGCAUAUAGGCCUUGGCUGAUUCCCGGGGAAGCCUUGCAAAUGCAAUGGGAAAUGAAAUGGUUUGAGUUCGUGACACAGAACAUUCCCUCUAACCUUCUUACCCGCUGCAACAACGAGGGCAAGACCCCUGAGGAACUGUUCAUCGAGAAUCACAAGCAGCUCGUCAAGGACGGUGGCAAAUGGUUAAUUAAAACCUCCGAAUCCUACUCCCUUGUCGCCGCACUUAUAGCCACUGUGGCAUUUGCCAGCUCCACCGCAGUUCCUGGAGGCGUCAAGGAGGAUAAUGGCAUUCCAACAUUUGAAAACAGAACCCCAUUCCACCUCUUUGCCAUCUCAUCACUCAUCGCACUCUGCUUCUCGGUCACGGCUUUGGUCACAUUCCUCUCCAUCUUAACAUCAAGGAAUAAAGAAAAGGAUUUCGGAAAGGAUUUGCCAACGAAGCUCUUGAUAGGUUUAACGUCCUUGUUCAUUUCCAUAGCUGCAGUGCUGAUUACAUUCUGCUCGGGACAUUUCUUUGUGAUAGACGAAAAGUUGAAAUAUGUGGCGUAUCCAGUGUAUGCCGCAACCUGCCUACCGGUAACUUUUUUUGCUGUGAUGCAGUUUCCGCUGUAUUUUGAUCUUAUUGAAUCUACCUUCAAGAAGGUGCCACGACGUAGCUACAAGGCGUCCGUUCUGAUCUAAGUAAUGUUUGAUCUGUUAUGGGAAAAAAGAAAAAAGAUCAACUGUUUGUCAUAUAUUCUAUAUUAUAUGUACGAUGAAAUUAAUGUUCGAAUGCAU